AUGGUGAAGAAUACGCAGGCAGAUCGGAUCCAGCAACUGGAAGACAUGAUGCAACUACUACAGGAGAAAGUAAAUACUCAGAACACCGCACUUGAAAACCUAACUAGGGAGUUACGAGACGCUACGGAUAUAAUUAAACAACUAAUCAAUGACACGGAUACAAAAAUAACGAUCGAAGCAGCAAGACGUGAGAGGGACAUCCAAUUGGUAAAAACAGCGAGUCAAGACAACGCAAGUACAAGGGCAAGCAACAUCGAACUAACAAUGCCAACUUUCAGUGGCGAACCGAGCGAGCACCCGAAACAAUUCUUGAAAAACCUGAACUCGUACUUAUUGCACAAACACAUCACCCAAGUUGAUCGAAUAAUUACAAUCGAAAAUUGCAUGAGAGGAAAAGCUGCAAAAUGGUUCACCAUGAUCAAAGACUUGGCACCAAAUGAAGAUACAUUUAAGACACUGUUUUUGAAACACUUCUUUUCGGAAGACCGUCAAUGGGACAUAUUUAUAAAAUGCACGGAAGCAGGAAAAAAACCAAUAAGCAAUAACUUCCAGGAACACUUCCAUUAUUGGAUGACAGAGCUUAAGCAUCUGGACUCGCCGAAAAUGGACGAAUUACAGGCUAUUAACCUAAUAACAAAGCAUUUCCCUAUAGCCAUUCAGGCUUACAUACAGACAACGCAAGAAAAAAAGUUCCUCAACAUAUGGGAAAAGUUGGGUGAAUUAGAAAAUAAUUACAACAAACAGAACAAUACCGAUCAGCAAAUAACAAAUAAUAAACAACCAUUCACUAGUCGGUACACUCGUACAAACGACAACCAAACACAACCGUUUACUAGUCGGUACGGUAACACGAAUGGCAAUAAUUCGCAGCAAGUCAGGGACCGAUAUGCACAUACGGGGUCUAUACAACAAAAUAGCACUCAACAAUCAGGUCUGCGACAAUCAGCUCAUGGGACAAGUGGACAAACACAGUAUACAUCAGCGCAAGAUACAAAAACAAUCAGAUGCCUCGUAACACACGAUGACACAAAUGACGAGUCAGCCAAUGAGGAGGGAGAGGCAAACAUUAUCGACGACGAUACAAAAAACUUAUACGGGGAGGCUAUGGUGAUGGAAGACCAAUAG